CCCCCCUCCCACUCUCGCCCCCAAAAUGGUGCUCGGAUUCGGCGCAAAGUCUCCUCUCAAGACGGAUCCCAAGACUUUCGCUUCGCAGGCCUCCGAGGCCGCGCCCAAGAGCUACGAUUACGUGAUCAUUGGAGGUGGAACGGCGGGCUCUGUGAUCGCAUCGCGCUUGUCCGAAGAUGAGAGCGUGACUGUAUGCCUGCUAGAAGCUGGAGGAGAUAAUGGCGGCGUCCUGGAGAGCAAGAUUCCUGCAGCGUUCGGCAAGCUUUUCAGAAGCGCUCAUGACUGGGCUUACGAGACGGAGGAGGAGGAGGGUUUGGGGAAUCGCAAGGCUUUCUUGCCACGCGGACGCUUCCUAGGCGGAUCGAGCUCGAUGAACGCCAUGAUGUAUCAACACCCAGCACCUAGCGACUUGGACGAAUGGGCUCAAAAGCUCGGUUGCAAAGGCUGGUCUUACAACGACAUCAAACCCUACCUCCGUCGAGCAGAAAAGUUCAACGUCAAUCCUCAGCGUCCCUUGAUCGAUACAUCUCAUCGAGGCGAUGAGGGUACAUGGCAGACCGGCUACUCGUAUCUUACCCCCAUCAUCGAGCACGGCUUUUUGCCCGCCUGCGAGGCAGCUGGAAUCGCCGCUUCGGAAGAUGUGAACACGCCAAAGGGGCCGCUAGGAGUGACUCGCUUUCAAACCUUUAUCGACUCGAAAGGGCAACGAUCCAGCGCUGCGACUGCAUAUCUCCCACCCUCGGUGCAGCAGCGCAAGAAUCUGACAAUCGGUUUGAACGCGCACGUCAACAGAAUCAUCAUCGACACUUCCAAGGGCGCUGCUCAGGCGAUCGGAGCAGAGUUUCAAGUCGAAAAGGAUGGCGUCAAGUGGCACGUGCACGCCAACAAGGAAGUCGUGGUGUGCGGAGGAGCAUACAACACUCCUCAAACGUUGAUGCUCUCCGGCAUUGGACCUGAGGAGGAGCUGAGCAAAUUUGGCAUUCCCGUCAUCCGUCAGAGUCCCAAUGUGGGCCGCAACAUGUACGACCACCUGGCCAGCGGGCUUUGGGCCAAGGCGCUUCCGGGCAAGACGCUAGACUAUCUCGGCAGCGACGUAAAGGCGCUUCCUGCACUCGUGCAGUGGCUCACCACCGGUGGCGGACCCAUGACGACCAAUGUGGGCGAAGCAGCGGCAUUCUUUCGCACAUCGGAGCUGGACAAGAAUGUGACGGAUUAUGGAUCUAUGGGCAAGGGGCCCGAUGCGGAGAUCAUCGGUGCACCUCUUGCUUUCCGUCAUCAUGGCGCUGUGCAGACGCCCAAGGGCACUAGCAGCAUGUCGCAAGCCAUCAUCGGGCUGCGACCCCUCAGCACUGGUACGGUGACGUUGCGAUCUGCCGAUGUUUGGGACAAGGCCAUCAUCAAGCACAAUUACUGGUCCAACCCGCACGACGUCAAGGUGCAGCUGGCCGCUUUGCGCAAAGCGAUGGAGAUCUUCGAGCAAGACUCGUUCGACCACUACCUCGACCGUUCUUAUGAGGACGACGAUCCAAACGGCUUCUGGUGGCCUUGGUCCGUGCGGGACAAGAGCAAGAUUACGGACGAGCAGCUGAUCGACUUUAUGAAGAAGGAAUCCUUUACGCUCUACCACCCCGUAGGAUCUGCUCGAUUGGGCUCGGAUGAAGCGUCGGUGGUGGAUCUGCAGUUGCGCGUCAGGGGCGUCAAUGGUCUGAGGGUGUGCGACGCUUCCAUCUUUCCUCAGCAGAUUUCUGGACACCCUACGGCUACGGUCAUUGCGAUUGCGGAAAAGGCGUCGGAUCUAUUGAGAGGCAAGGUUGCUGCGAAUGAGGAUGCCACGCAGAGCGUCGCUGUGGCCAGCAGCGGUGCGGCGGUUCAGCAAAUCGCUGCUUUGGCGUAAUCGCGGAGACUGGCCCCAGAUGAUUUUUCGAUCUUGUCCCGACCCACUCGUGACUUUUACGACUCUUCUGUACGUACCUGACCCCCCUGUAUUCAAUUACGAAUCACGUUCGAGC